AUGGCUGCAGAAGGCGAUGCAUCGCCGCGUCAGCCGCCAGAUGUAAAUGGGUCGGGACGAAACGGGUCGGAGAGGAACGGAUCCGCAGAAGAGGCGCCACUCGACUCGCAGGCGUUAGAGCGGGAAGAGAAGCAAGUGUCGGGUGACAAAGGGGACACGCAAGGUUCAGGGGAAGCCGUGAAGCCAGCAGAGCGGGCAGAGCGGGAAGCAGGUGACGCUGCAGUGCGGACGGACAGUCACGGCCAGCGGCCGACGGAGGCUGGUGCUGCUGGAACUGGCGAUGCGCACGCGGCUUCUGAGUCGCCCCGAAAGGCCGCUGCUGGCGAUGCUCAGGCAGUAAUCGAGUCGCCUCGAAAGUCCGGUAGUGCUGGCGCUGGCGCUGGUCAGGCGGUGCCUCGUGGCGGCGACACCACGGUCAUUGCUGAAGCAGACGGUGCGGCGGGCGCCCAGGGGAUUAUCGCCGAUGCUGUCAUGUCGCAGCUGGCGGACAUGCGGGGCAUGAUAGCGCGUCUCAGCCGCGAGAACGAGUCUCUGCGCGCCAUAGUGGCGCUACAGCUCUCCCCGCAUGGGGGAAACGGCGCCUCCGCGCAUGGGGAGAACGCCCCCUCCGCGCAUGGGGGGAACGGCCCCUCCGCGCAUGGGGGGAACGGCCCUUCCGCUCAUGACAAGAACGCCCCCGUUGCGAGACAAGAGAAUGCGGGAAAAGAGGGAGCAGGUGGCGAACACAGCGGGCGUGCAACGGCGGUUGCGGGUGGAGGGGAGGGCGAGAGGGCAGGGGGUGGCGGAACGAGCACAGAUAAAAACGCAGCAAUGGCAGCGGCGGGGGCGGUGGGGUUGAGUGGAGACGUGCUGACGCGGAUGAUGGGCGCAGGUGCAGGGGGGGCGGGCGAGGAGGGCGCGGAGUGGGUGCGCGCACAGCAGAUGCAGAUGCUGGCGCUGCUGCCCUACCACGCCGCUGCUGCCCAGGUGAGCGCCGGCACAGAGGGUGGGGGGGGCGAGGGAGAGGUGGGAUGGGAGGGAUGGGCGACGGGGAGAGCACGGCCUUUCACACCGCCUCCCUCCGCGCUUUCGCCCCCAUCAUCGUGCUGCUGCCCGUCGCCCCUUUCCUUCCUCCCCCGUCUUGCACAACGCAAACACCGCUGCCCUCCCCUCUUCCCUCCCACCCCCCAUCAGGCCAUGUCGCGCUGGUCCGUCCUCUUCCCCGCCCUCCCCAACCCCUUCCCCUUCCCCUCCUUCCCCACUGCGCCACCCUCCUCCUCCGCCACACCACCUGCCGCGCCCAUGAUGCCUCCACCCUCCCCGCCCCACCCCCACGCGCCCACCGGGCCUGACAGGGGCAGCAAAGUGGGGAGGCCCGCCUCCCCCUUGCUGCCAGCGCGCUCCCACACCCCCCCUGCGCCCAUGCGCGCGCAGCCCCGCCCGUCCGCCCACACGGCCAGCCACAGGGGGUCGCUCUCCCCCCCCGACUCCGCCUCCCAGCAGCGCUGCAGCGUGGGCCGUCCGAUCCGAUCUGUGGGAAUGGACCGCAGUGAUUCAACGAGCGAGAGGGUGGAUGAGGGGCAGCAGCAACGGCGGCACCGGCGGCGGCGGCGGGGAGGGGACGGGGAAGGGGAAGGGGAAGCGGAGCAGAGAGGCGGGGGAGAGAGGGAGGUGAGGGACGGAAAGAGGGAAGGGGAGCUGGUAAGUGGGAUGGGCAAGGGUAGUGAAGGCGGGGGCGGGGCAGGCAGGGUGGGGGCGAGCAGGAUGGUUGGCAGUGCUGCAGUGGAUGGGCAGGGGGGUGGGCGGGGGGGAGAAGGAAGUGAGGAGGAUAAUCGGGAUGAGUGUGCUGUGGAGUCGCGCGUGCUUGGUGCCGAGGGCAGCGCGGACGGAUGGGCGGAGCACGGUGAGGGAGUGGGUAGCAGGAGGAGGGGCAGUGGGAAGGACGAGGAGGACGGCGAUUUGGAAAUGGAGGAGGCUGGGCUGGCAAGAGUGAUGGUUGAGCAGAUGGGGAUGGGAAGAGGAGAGAAGGAGGAGGAGGGCGAGAGUGAGCAGAGCAUGGGGGGUGAGAGGGCGUGCAAGAGGCAGCGAGGGGAGGAGAGUACAGGAGGCGAGGAGUGUGUGCGUGGUGUGGCGAGUGGGGGUGGUGUGGCGAGUGGGGAUGGUGUGGCGAGUGGGGGUGGAGUGGCAGGUGCCAUGGAGGUGAGUGAAGGGGGCAGAGAGCACGCGCGAGAUGGGGGGCGGCAGAAGGAGCAGGAGAUGGUGGGGGGAGGGGAGAGAGCAGAGGAGGCAGGCAGCCAGGGGGGCGGAGAGGGCGGCAGCAGCACUGCUGGUUUUGGUGGUGGAAACCGUGCCCUGCCAAGAAGCCGCUUCUGCUGUCCCGCCGCUCCAACCCCUCUGAAGUGCGAUGAUGGCAGGGCAGGAGCAGAGGAGGGCAAGAGGGGGGCACAGGAGGAAGUGAAGGGGGAGGGCGGGCACAGCAGAGAUGGUGCAGAGGGUGUGGAGCGAGGGGUGGUGGCCCGUGGUGCUGGUGAGUCCAGGGGAAGCCGUGAGCACAGCUCUGGCCCUGCCUCCCCGCCUGCUGCUCUCCCGCCUUCUGCCGCUCCUCCUCCUCCUCCUCCUCCUCCUCCUCCUCCUCCUCCUCCUCCUCCUCCUCCUCCUCCUCCUCCUCCUCCUCCUCCUCCUCCUCCCACUGCUGCUUCUGCUGCAGCUGCGUUGCCUGCAUGCCAUGGUGACGAGCUGGGAUCGGGACAGCAAGGUGUGGGAGAGCGGGUGAGCGAUGCACAGCAAGGUGCUGAACCGCAGGAGGGGGUGAUGCAGGUCCAGCAGGGUGCAGGAGGGGGAGAGACAGCGAGGCCGGCAGGCAGCACAGGAGGAGUGGCAAAGGACGAGCAGGCAGCAGCAGCAGCAGCAGCAGCAGGUGCAGUUGAAGCAGCAGGUGCAGUUGAAGCAGGGAAGCAGGUGCAAGCAGGGCAAGGGGAGGAGCAGCAGCAAGGGAUGCAAGCACAAGGGAUGCAAGCACAAGGGAUGCAAGCACAAGGGAUGCAAGCACAAGGGAUGCAAGCACAAGGGAUGCAAGCACAAGGGAUGCAAGCACAAGGGGCGCCUGUGGUUGAACGAGCGGUGGUGCUGUUCCAGCAUGAGCCACAGGCCGAUGAGCCUCAUGCCCCUCCGCCUGCACUGGCCCUUCAGCUGCAGCCGCAGAUUGUAUUGCACCCGCAGCAGCAGCAGCAGCAGCAGCAGCAGCAGCAGCAGAAGCAGCAGCAGGAGGAGCAACAGCAACAGCAGCAGCAACAACAGCAGCAGAUUGUGCAGCAGCAACAGCAGCAGAUAGGGCAGCAGCAACAGCAGCAGAUUGUGCAGCAGCAGCAACAGCAGCAGAUUGUGCAGCAGCAACAGCAGCAGCAAUUGCAGCAACAGCAGCAACAACAGCAAGAGCAGCAACAGGUGGCAUGGCAGCAGCAGCAGCAAGCCCUUCGCUUCAUCCCCACGCAUCUGCCCAUCCUGCCCGACACUGCAGCCGCCCGCAAGGCUGCCCGCGUCGCCAUCCGCGCUCGCUGUGAUGCCGCCACCCUGUCCGACGGCGGGCAGUGGCGCAAGUACGGGCAGAAGGUAUCAAAGGGCAACCCGUGUCCGCGUGCCUACUACCGCUGCACGGCGGCGCCCGCGUGCCCGGUACGCAAGCAGGUGCAGCGCUGUGCGGACGACAUGGCGUUCCUCAUAGUGACCUACGAGGGCACGCACUCGCACGCCCUCGCCCCGCACGCCACGGCCAUGGCCAUGCUCACCUCCUCCGCCUCCCUUGUGUCCUCUGCUGGCGCUCAUGCCCCCCUCGCCUCGCCCUCGCUCUUCGCCCCCUCCUCUGCCUCCUCCCCCGCUGCCUUCCCUGCCCACCACUCGUUCCCUCCACCACCGUCGCUGAUGGGAGCAGCAGGUGGGGCCGGAACACCAGGCAGCUCCACUCUCCACACACCCACUGCUGCAGCUGCAGCGGCUGCAUUCCCCAUGGACCCGUCUCUGCUGGCGUCACCGCUUGCCACGCCCACUCUGGCCGGCACGCCCUCGUCGCCCUUUGUGACGGCCACGGCUGCCCUGCCCACCGUCACACUUGACCUCUCCACCUUCCCCCCCCACCAGCUGGCCCAGCUAGGCCUGGGGGUGAUUGCAGGAGGGGGGGGCGCAGGGGGCGGGAUGUCUGGGGGAAUGAGCAAUCCUGCGCCUGGCACUGCUGGUGGUGCUGCUCUCAGUGGCUCGUCUGCACCACCGCUUGCUCCGCCAUCCCCCUCCGCCCAGCCUCCUGUGCUGACUGCACCACCAGUUGCAGCAGCAGCAGCCGCACCACCCAUGCACCCACCAGCACUGCCAUUCACAGCAGCAGCACACACGCCCUCAGGUGCAGCUGCUCCCACACCUGCCACCACCCCAAGUAACGCCGCCACCACCCCCACCGGCGCCCCCUGGUGGUGGCCUGGCGCCCCUGCCCCCUCCCCUUCCUCCGCCCCGCGUCCCCCCAAUGCCCCUCUUGCUGCUCCCUCACCGCCCGCUGCCGCCCCCGCGGGCGCGUGCGGUGCUGCGCCGUCGUCUGCAGCGUCCACGCCAUCGCCCAUCCACGGCCUGCUGCUCCCCACCCCCCUCCCUGCCUCUGCCGCCACUCCCCCUGCAUCCACCGCUGCACUCUUCUCCCCGCCCCUGGCUGCUGCUGCUGCUACUCCUCUUGCGCUCCCACCCACCCCGCCCUCUGCCGCUUACCCUGCCUCAAGUGGGUUGGCAGCAGCAGCGGAUGAGGCGCCUCCCCUCAUCCACAUUCCCAGGCGCCGCGUGGUUGGCCACUUCACUCCCGAACGCCCUGCUGCUGCCGCCGCUGCUGCUGCUGGAGGUAGUGGUGCUCCCGCCACCGCUGCUUCUGCUGCCACCCCUGCUGCUGUCACGCCUGCUGCUGCAGCAAGCGCAUCUCAAGUGGAAGCAGCAUCAGCAUCAGCAGGGGCAGCCGCACCCCCAGCAGCAGCGGCAGCGGGCAUGGAGGCGGCGCUGGCAUCACCGGCGGUGCACAGCCGGUUGGUGGCGGAGACAGCGGAGAAGAUCACGAGCGACCCCGCCUUCAAGACCGCCCUCGCCACCUACAUCGCCUCGCUGCUCUCCACCCAGCUCUCCGCUGCCGCUGCUGCCGGCCCCACCCCCGCCACCACCCCCACUGCUGCUGCCCCUGCUCCUCCCGCUGCCUAUGCGCCCCUGGGUGCUGACAGCAGUGCGGGAGCGGGCACACCAGUGGCAGGCGGCGGUGCAUCCGUGCAGCAGCAGCAGUCACACCAGCAGCACUCCAUGUUUCUCUCCUCGCCCUCGUUUGCCUCCUCGCUCUUUUCCGUCCUCCCUCCCGCCACUGCUGCUGCACAUGCCCCUGCCGCCUGGGCCUUCACCCCAACAGCCUCCCACUCAGGCACUGCACCAGCAGCAGCAACAUCCCAUACAGUCAUGCCAGGCGUUGCAAAUCCGACUCAAGCGAUGCCGCCAGCACAGCACCAAGGUGCUGCAGCGCUGGACCAAGUGGCGGCUCCCAGCGGACUGCUGCUGUCGCCAGGCGCCUCUGCAUCGCUGCUGCCCUCCCCCCUCGCCGCUCCCACGACCCCAGCGCCAUCCCCCCUUGGCUUCUCGCACCUCUUUCAACCGGCCUCCACCACUCCUCUCGACCUCUUCCCACAGGUACCACUUGCUUGCAUCCCCUUAAAGCCCCUCCUGCCAACCUACUUGAGCCAUUCGAUUCCUUGUCACAGCUCUUGUUCCGGCACUAUCCACCAAAUCUUCACCUUCCCCCCCAAGAGUUCACUUCACGCAUACACUGAACCGCUGCAACCCGGUUACACCAUUUUCAGUUGCUUGCACUGA